GAACGCUGCAUGCAUGAUAUGAGCGCAGACGACAAUUUUUGCAUUGAACCUACCGGUAAAUGCCUGUCAAGCCAAGGUCACCUUUCCAGAUUGAUUAAAAAAAACAUGGUGCUAUCCCAGGAUGUCUGUAAAUUCUAAUGAAGCAUCAUUGUUGAUCCAAGAUGAUGUAAAUAUUGUACAGGAUACAUAUCUAUCACCUUCAGUCUAUCAUCUGAUCUGUGAGAUUGGAACGAGGACAUCAUCUUCUGGAAAGCCUUGUUUGUUAGACAAUGGCCUUAUAGAUUGGGAUUCUGUGAACAGACUUGCUCUUCAGGAUGGUAUAGGUAGAUUCCCACAGGAAUCCUAUUCCUGGGAGACCAAGAAAGAUUUUAUUGACAUCGUGAGUAAACUUACUCCACUUUGUCUGGACAUCCAUGAACAUGUGAUGGCGCUCUCUCUAUAUGACCUGCAGGAGACAUAUAGUGAAUGGUUUGAAUGGACAGGUUCCCCUGAAGUUUUCCUUGAAGGAUUGCGGCUUCUUAAGGAGGGAGAUAUGAGAGGUCCUUCAAUUAGUUUACUCAUGACCACAUCGGCUCUAGAGAGGGCGCUUGGAGAUGUGUAUUUGAUGAAAAAUAAGCCUUGUCCAUCUCUUCUUAAAGAUCUCUUAAUAACAGAAGAGUUACAGAGCUUCUUUGGAUGUCAUGCAUUAUUUUGUUUACGAGUUUUAAUUGGACCUCCAACAAGUCUUAACCUUAGAAAUAUUCUUUGGCAUGGAUUUGCAUCACCUGGUGAAAUUCCAUCAAGAUACGCCAGUUUUCUAUUAGUGGUUGCAGCUGAUCUUGGCUACAAGCUCCACAAUCAAGGCAUUAAUUCAUCCAGCAUUCCACAUAGGAAACAGAUAGAAUUCCAGAAUUAUCUUCCAUUACUACAUGAUAAAUUCCCUGUUUUAUUUCCAGAUCAUUUAAAUUCACUGUCUAAAGAGGUUCAGAGGAUAGGUCUUUUCUGUGACAAUCACAUUUCCUUGUGGGAUGAAGCUCUUAAUUAUUAUAGUAUUCAAAGGUAUAAUCACUGCAUAAUGAUCAUAUGCCCUCUUCUUGAACACCUGAUCAGACUCAUUUUUGCCAAAGCCAACCAAUGUCCUGAAAGAGUUCUGACAGCUGAGUCCACAGUACUGUUCACAACAUUUGAUGAGAUGAUAUGUGUUGAGCUGAGUGACGGAGCACCCAACCUGCUUAUACCUACAAUAUCUGAGCCAUUCAUGAACCUGCUGAUGGAUCUUUUAGUUCAUCCUGAUGGUCCUCGUCUCAGGGAUCGUAUCAGCCAUGGUGAGGUUGAUCACCAUGGUCUGCCUCAAGAACUAGCUUCAAUUGCAAUAUGUACCUUACUUGCUUGCUCCACGAAGCUGGAAAAGUCAUCUUUCGAAAAGUGCCAAAAAUUGUCUAUUUUGGAUCAAAUCCUAGACAGUGCCUCGUCCUACACCUCUGUCUUUCAUCCUUUGGCUACCUGUAGACGUCUGGUCCGUUCUCUUGCUCCAUGUCUUAGUGACUGGUCCUCCAUGCCUAGACCAAGCCCUCAGGACCUGGACUACUCUCAAUGGCAAACAGGACUUGUUGAAUGUGACUCAGAUGCGAGAACCAGAGACAAAGAACUGGUACUGAUUGUGCUGAGAUAUGACCAGUGUUUUAGCAAAGAUGAUGAAGACUUUAUUGUAAAUUGUGUCAUCAACCCUUUCCUUUCCAUGGAUCCUCUUGCACAUCAUAUUGAUAGUCUCAAUCUUCAGACCUUAUUUAGACCUCGUAAGGAGCUAGAGAGGACAAGUCUUCUGCAGCGCAUUGCAGUUGAAUGUCUGAAGGUCAAUGAUCAGAUACAGUGUUUAGCAACCACAAGAUUUAGCCAAUGGCAGAGCAAAGAACUCAGAUCCCGACAGAGAUCAAACUAUCAACGUUUUCUGAACAGCAGGAAUCCUGCUUUCCACUCCCCAAAUUUAUCCAUGGACAGAAGAAUCAGGAUUAAGAAAACUGCUGUGAAAUGCUACACCCUGUGAAGAUUUGGACGCGACUUUUAAUAAGGUACUUUGUCUAUUGAGUCACAGGUUUAAGGAAUUUGAGUCCUUUAAAUAAAUAAUCGCUGAUGUGGUUUAAGGUACACCAUGUGGAGUGUUAUAGAAACAGUGGAUAGAAGAAGAAAAAUAAAUGGAUAGGCGAGAAUGUGGAAAUUUUUGAGAAUAGAGUAAUCUUUCUUGAAUGUAGUCCUGAAAAGGACUGUAAACCAGAAGAGAUUGAUGAGUUGAAACAGCUUUAGUAGUAGGAUGGAUAAAUGAAUAGAUCUUGUUCAUCAUCAUGAAGGUCAUUAUCACCUUUAACUUGUAAUAUGGCUAUUUGAGUUUGAAUACCAUGCGGCAGUGACAUGUGACAAAAGACUUGUUGGCCUUAGACAGCCUUGCAGAUGUGUCUGUCAUAGAGAGCUCUGGCUCAAGAUCUAGAUCGGGGGUUUAAUCCUCGCUGCCAGAACUAGAUCAAUAUCAGAAACAGAAGAAGUGCCUGGGAAAAGGGGAACUCCCAUCAGGUCUAUUCACACCUACCAUUUAAUGUGAAAAUACUUGCACACUCUUUCAGUUCUCAAAUUCCUUAAUAAGCACAUGUGCUCAUCUUUGGCCAAUUCAAACUAGGUAAAGUUCAAGUAUUUUUGCUUUUCUGUUAUAAAGAUUGCAUAAUUUACUUGCAUCACACCUCUUAUUUGAUAAAAAAAAACCUUGUAUGAUUUGAUUUAACACUGCAAAUACCCCCACACCUUAAAGAAUCCCUACAAACCAGGGUAAGUGUGUGUGUGUGAGGGGGUGGGGGUUGGGUAUGAAUACUCUACUCACAUUAAUGGAAUACCUGGUAUUUGCCCUGAUUGGGGAGUUAUGUAUAUAUGCUUGUUAAUUUAUGGAUGGAAAAUGUACAUUGUCAAUGUCAUUCAGAUCAUACUAUGACCAACAGAGUGUUAGGAACUACGAAGACAUGGAGAUUAACCACUUAAAAGAACAAAUCCUUCUUUAUGUCUGGAAUGAAUGAUUGAUCACAUUGUCAUAACUGAAUAUCUAGCAAGGAUUUUAUUUUCAUUUUUCCUUUUAAAUCAUUAAGAGCCUUGGGAAUUUGUUUCUAAAAAGAAGUUUCCAGAAGGAUGUGGCUAUAAUUGUCUUGUCCAUAGAAUCCCGUAGUCCUUGACAUCCAAUCAAAGAGCUCAAACUUCCCUUGAUGACUUAAGCUCAAAGAAUCAUCUGGUUGCUUUGUCAAGUACCAGGUCAGCAAAUGGACAGGCCAGCCAAGGGACUACCUGCCCAUAAAUUAUCCAUGAUACUGGACAGAAGUAAUUUGCAUUCUUUAAAAAUAAUGUUGCAUAUUUUGUCAAGAUAGUCAAAGAGUCUUCAUGUUCAUCACAGAGGUACAUGUCUGUAUAUGAUUCAUUCCAACAUUGCCAUCUCAAUAGACCUUUCAAUUCUGAAAUCACAAAGAACUAUAGAAAACAACUAUGUGAGAGUCAUACAAGGUAUCCUUGAACACCUAGGUGGAGAGUUGUCAAUGUGAAUUAAUCAUUGCCUUUACCAGUUACAAAAUCACUUUGAAUCUUUCCCUGAAUAUUAGAUUAACUGUGUGUUUACUGUCAUUGCUUCAAGAAAUCAGCUCCUGGAAGUGGAGUAUGUUCUGUACUGUGCAGAGUCAAGCUAAAAUGAAAUGACUGUCAGCUUUCAAUUAAUGUUAAGAGAUGUAUGCUCCUCAUGUUUUGAAAUGCUAUAGUAUUUUUUUAUCAUCACCAUAAUCAUAAUCAACUACAUCACUAUUGAAUGACAAAGACAAUAUGUAUAUAUCAAGGUUUCCAUAUUCAUGACAUUAUUUUGGGGUUGAUGAAAAAAUCCAAGGGGCGUAGGAGGUGAUAUUGUUCGGAUUAAUAAAUUAACAAUGCCCUUCAUGAGCAGCCAGGAGUGCUUGCAUAUUUAUCCUCAUUUAAACCCUAAUUUUUGCAUAUCAUCUAAGAUUUAAGUCGCCUAAGAUUAAAUCAAUUAUCCGGGAGAUUAGAUAGUUUGCACGAAGGUGGGAGUGAUAACCCAGAACAAGUGACUUGUAAAUCUUUGAGAAUUUUAUCUUUGACAGCUGAUACAGAGGUGUAUACUGAGACUAUGAUUUUUUGAAAGGCAGACAUUCAGAAGAUUGUUGCGAAAUAAGGAGAAAUAGUGUUUAUUGGUCUGGUGACUAGACUUUAUUCAAAAUGAUGACCCUGUUCUCAAUACUUUCUUAAACUGGUCUCCCAUAAACCAGUUUAGGAAACCAGUUUAGAAGAUCGCUUUGCUAGCAUCCUCAUCACCAUCUCCUGAACUGGUUUCCAGAAUUUCUUCAUGUAAAGUGGUCUUCUUGCUAUGGAAAUGCUCUCAGUUAACAUUUGAAACCACAGGACAGGUAUUCUACACACAGUAUCGCGCCUAACAUGCACACACUCUCGUACUUCUGUGCGGAGAUCGCUUCCUGUAGAAAAACUGUGUCAUCUACACUUCAACCAGUUUAAUGAGGCAAAAUAGUCUUGAGAACCACAUCGGGAGGUGGAUUUCUAAACUGGUUUGGAAGACCACUUGAGAUCAGUUCCAAGACUGCUUUGAGCAUUCCCAUUGUAUUAGACUAAACUGGUUUCCCCUAGACUAAGGACAUAAUUAAGAAUGGGGUCUAAUUUCUCAUGGAUGAUGGUGUUGCUCUAUCUUGUCGUGUCUACCCCAGAAAUAUUUAAAAAUCGGGACAUUGGUAAUUGCUUUCCAGAACCCAUUGUUCAUAGACCAUGCAAUUCAAAACAAAAAAUAUCACAAUAAAAAUAUUUCAUUAUUUCCUCCAGCAUGUUUUGAUGGAUGUCAGCCAGAAUAUAGUGCACAGCAAAUCUACAAAUGGUAGAGUCCAGUCACGAACAAAAUGACUGUGUAUAAAAUAUUAUGGUAAUGUAUGUAAACUUAGGGUGUGUAAGUUAUCAGUUGUCUAUGGUCUAUGUAAACUUAGGGUGUGUAAGUUAUCAGUUGUCUAUGGUCCUAUUAGUAAAAAAAGGAGCUACACAAUAAGAUUCAGAAUUGAGAAGCAAAUGAAGUUUAUUGCCUUUCAUGUAUGGCACUGACAAGAGCAUAUUCAUAAAAUUACUGCAGCUUUUUGCUGAUAUGUGGGAUAUAUGAAUAGGCAAUAGGUAAAUUGUAGUUUCUGUAAUUGCUUACCAUAAUCUAAAGCUCCAGUUACAUAUGCGUUGAAAGUGCACUAAAGCGUGCGCUGGAGGCGGCUUCACGUAUAUGUAACAUCCCCAUUUUUAAAAAGCCGGACUAACUCCGUCUCAAACUGAUGUGGUUCAUUUUCCUUCUUGCACAAGACUGUCAUCUACACUUUAGAUGUGUAACAAGUUAAAGAGGUCUUAAAAACUUGUGAGGUUAGUUUUACAAACUGAUAUGAAAGACCACUUAAAAUUGCUUCUAAGACCACUUCGAGCAUUCUCAUUAGGCAUUUAAGUGGCUUCCACUGACAUAGUUUCCACUGAGCUGGUUUCCAGAACCACUCCAAGUAAAGCAGUCUUGUUGCUAUGGGAACCCUGUCUGUGUGGUCACACGUUUUGCCAAAAAUUUGAAACUGCCGUGUGAGUAUUUUACACACAGAUUGUACAGAGAAGCACGCCCGACACGCACACACUUGUAUUUUUGUGCGAAGAUCGCUUCCUGAAGAAUGGUUGUGUCCUCACCUAUGCUUAAAGCAGUUUAACAAGACAAAGUGUUCUUAAAAAACAUAUCGUGAGGUGGUUUUCCAAACUGGUUUGGAUGACCACUAAUAUUGCUUUCAACUCCAAUUCCAAUGUGCCCAUUACACAUUAAACUGGUUUCCACUACACUAUUUUAAGAAAGUAAAUGAUAAUGGUGUCUAAUUGCCUUAUUCAAAAUUUGGUUGAAGUGAUAUAAAAAGUUCAGAACAAAGACCAGUCUAUGAAAAUAAGAUUGUUGAAAUAUGCUUUAGAAAAUGAAAUUAAGAAAUGUACUAGUGGCUUGAAACGAAUUUGUUUCUAUCCAGUUGAAGAAAACAAAUCUUCAAUUCUUUUUAAAGCUAGCAUUGCCUGUCUUCUUCUACCGUUAGUUUCAGAUGUUGAAUCAUCUCUGAUGUGUCAAAGACAGGCUUUCUCCUAGAUUAUAGACUCUGAUCAAACCAUCCUUGACCUAAAAUUAUAGCAAUACUUGAGAAUGGUAGACAAAGAGACAGUCAUUAGAUUGAGAUGAAUCAGCCGAACAUACUCUCCUGGAUGUACACGUGUGCAGGUGGAAAGAGGAGAAUGAUGAGGACCAGAUUUCCAGGGGCCUGUCAAAGAAAAUCAAGCAUGAUUCUAGCCUAAUUUUCAACCAAUCAGGACUCUAUGCUUGGCACUUUUGCUCGAUAUUUGUUUUUAAUCAAAUGUAACUCUGUUUGCAAUAAGCACGAGAAUAUUACUACAUAAAAUUUUACAAUGUACAUGAUGUUAUCCAGGGGCCGUAUUCUCAAAAUUGUCUUAAGAGAAAUAUUCUUGUAUCUUUGGAGUUACAAUAAAAUCCAUAUUCUGAAAAUUCUUGUAUCUUUCCUUGUAAAUUUUCUUGUAACUUUCACUGAGCGCGUAUGAUGUCAGAGCUAUAAUGAUGCGUAAGUUAAAAACGGCGCCUAAAUAUCUAUGUGCGCAAGAUAACAUAUCGAGAUAAAAGGUAUUCUGAAAAUUCUCUUAUCUUUGCGUUCUGUUUACUUCCUUGCAAAAAUACAAGAAAAUUUACAAGAGGUAGGGGGCUAUUGUAACUUAAUGUUGCAUGCGAUAUUUCUCGAUCAAAAAUAAUAAUUUCUUGCUGCAUCCCACAAGAACAUCAUGUUUUACUGCAGGAGACAUUCCAAAGAUAUUACAGAGACGGAUUGGUAGACUUUUCAGCAAUUAAAAAUUGGUAUUCGAGAUGAUGAAUCUUUUCAAAGAAAAUAUGACUCUGAGAUCAGCCACGUGUAUUUUUAGCACAGUGGCGCACAUGCAUAAGGGUCGAGGGCACAAGGGAAAUACGCCUGCGGCCUCAUGUCAACAAUGCGCUUAAAAUUAAUAUUCAGAAGAGACACUUCUAUUGGUUGGCCUAAGCAUAUAACAACUUUAAUGAUUUGUUGAUGACAGAAUAUUGGGCAUGUCAUAGAUAAAAUAGGGGAGAUAAGACAAUUUUCAGAAUACCAAUUUAAGAUAAUUUUAGCGAGCCGUUAUCUUGCUGAGUUACAAGAAAAGUUCAGACAAUUUUCAGAAUACCACCCCAGGCCAUUAGCACCUAUUUUGUAGACUGUUUCCUGAGCAUAAAAGUACAAAUUAUUGUAAUGUGAUUUAAUGGUCUCAUAUUCACCUGUGAAUGUAGAGCUUUAAACUGAGGAAAUUAGCAUGUGACUUGUAUGAAAUUGCCAGUGUCGAUUCCCGAUAUUCAACUACAAAGAAAUGCUUUAUAAUC